AUAAAUCAGAUUAUUUCGAAGUAAUUGUCGCACCCUCAGACUUUUUGUGAGCUGUUUUCGGACCAUGAUGGAAUAAAUUUCAUAACCUAGACAAGAUAAAGCCCAGCUUCAUAAUGUCAGAGGGUCGACCACCAAGAUCUGGUAUCCCGCUGUUCAAGAGACGAACGCCAAAGCCAGGGAACACAGUACCUGUAGAUGCUGUGCGGGCCCCACCAAGCGAGGGAUCAGGGGACGAGUCUGGGAGCCCCCGACCACCACCUUCUCCCCCCAUAGACAUACCUGGGCAAUCAAGGGAGCCCUGGGAGGAGGAUGAGGAUGAGGAGGAAGAGAUGGACAUCGACAACAGAGCUGGAUUCAGUGAAUCUAUCAGCGUCAAGUCUGCAGCAAACAUGUUCGGGGGCCAAGCAGUCAUCCGAAGAAUCCCCACCCCAAGCUCCCAGAGACGGAUCCCUAAACCAGCACCCCCUAAGCCCACACCCCCUAAAGUCCCUGCAAAACCUUUUCUGAAGAAACCUAAUGCUGGCUUGAAUGCUACUGGAGGUGAUUCGUCUCUAGAUACUGGUGAAGGAAAUGCAGGUAACAAGGAGAGACCUAAGAGAGACCAACUAGAUAAAGUUGAAAACAAAGAGAAUAUGGCACAUAAUCUGAAGUGUGGUCAGAAUGGUAUUGAUGAAGAUGAGAAAGAUUGGGACCCAUUUGGUAGUGAAUUUCAAGCAGGAAAUGCUGGUAUAAACAGUAAUGGAAAAAAUGUAAGCAAAAACAUUGGUCAAGAACUUGAUGGUGAAACUGACGAUGAUGUGUUGGAUAAACCACUGAAAAGUUUGUCAGAAAUAAAUGGUAUAAGUGAUGAGUGUGAGACUUAUGACAAUGUGGAGGAAACUGAUAACAUACCUAGCUAUGAGCAGUUCAUGUCUGGUGCUGGCAACUUCAUCGAUGUUGAUGAGGAUGACAAUGAUUUGGAUAAUGUAGAUAUACCAGAUACUGUCACAGAUAUGGAGCACUGUGAAAAUGUGUUACCUCAGUCAGUCAAGAAACUAGCAAAAGAGUAUGCUUGUAUGGAUUACACAGUCUUGGGUACUAUCUCUCCUUUGAGUGAAAAAUCAAGCAAAGGGGGUGACAAAAAGGAGGAGCUUUCAUUUGUCCUUGGCCAUCUAGUUAAUGCCAGUUCUCCAAAUGAAAAUGUGCUUAAAAGGUGCCUUUCCCCUCAAGGUCAAAGAAAACCAUUGUCACCAAUGAUGGGUACUGGUUCUUCCAAAAGAAUAGCUGGUUACCAUGGUUACAAAGCAAAACCAACUGCUGAUGUCUUGCCAACCCAUAGAAAUCCAGGCCAAGCUCUGAUAUAUGGGUAUUCUCAAAUGCCUCCCCUAAGUCAGGUUCAGUCUCUAAACCAAGGUCAAGGUCAAGGACUGAAAACUAACCUAAGGAGCACUUCUCAAGGUCAAGGUCAUCCAGCUCAGAUACAAGGUCAGAAGUCAAACCAGUUGGGCAUUGUGUGUGAGGGCUGUAAUAACUGCCUCCUGGAUUUCAAGCGACAGGCAUUGAGACAGAUGUAUACUGAGAACUCAAAUGCUCCCAUUGCACUGUCCCAGGAAGCUAUCAACAGCCUAAAAGACAAGCUUCAAGUCCCAGAGAAUGGCUACCGAUUCUCACAGGCGGGAAAUUGUGACGUCUGUGACACCCAUGUGAGUCAACUUCAACAAGAGGCCAUUAGCAUGGUUCACAGCAUACAACAGGCCCAAGCUGAACCAAACAGUAACACAAACAUACCCUCCCUCAUUGGAUCGGUCAAUCUUCCCCCGUCACCACGGAAACUGGGCUCAGUGAAUGUCAGGUACCGUGGCUCUAAAAUCCCAGGAUCCCAGGGCAGCUACUUGUCAAAGUCGGCACCACUCGCUGCGCAAGCUCAGGCCUACCUCGAACACAAUGUCCGCUCUCGAAAUCCACAAAAACGACAGUACCUGUUGAGGUCUGGCUCUGCUGAGAGGCCGGGCUACCACCGGACAGGAGACAUGUACGGGCAGGGUGUGUCCGAGAGCCCUGGGACGGGCCCUCAUGGGCGCCCUGUCAACUACCCAAUGUCAGGGUCACAUUUUAUCAACACGCCAUAUAUGCAACAGCAACCCCAUUUAGCUAUGCAGAAUUAUCAACAACAGAAGUACCAACAGCAGCAGCAGUUACAACAACAACAGCAGCAGCAGCAGUACUAUCAGCAACAGCAGUUUCAUCAACAGCAACAGUUCCAUCAUCAACAGCAACAACAACAACCAAUUCAUCCUCAUCAACAGUAUUAUCAACAACAGCAACAGCAGCAGCAAUACCCGCCUUACCAGCCUCAUCAUUAUAACUUUCUACAGCACUCACACUCUGCUCCGGGAUCACCAGCGAGGGUACAGUCACCCCCUAGGGUUCAAUCCCCACCCCCUAGGAUUCAGUCCCCACCACCGGGGAUGGGCAGAAUAGGAUCACCACCACCACCAUCAUCACCGUCGAUGUCAAGGUUAUCAUCAAUGUCGUCAAUGUCACCACCACCACAUAGUGCCUCAUCGCCAGCAGCAUCUUUCUUCGCAAGGGCUGCUCAGAAGCUAAGCCAUAAGAAGAAGAAGCGACACCACCAACCAGAGCCAGAGUUGCCGACGUUCCCAACAAAAUUCUCUGAGAUCAUCCGUCUGUCCGCACCACCAUGUCCACCAUGUUUACUGCGGAACUCGUCACGAGGACAGUCUUCUGGAAUGGGCAAGGUGAAGGUUAUCCUGAGAGUUGUGUCAACAAAUCACCAUGGCGACCAUGCAGCCUCGUUUCUAAAUAUAGACACUCGGAACAAGCAGGUCACGGUUUACGACCCUGCAGGAAGCGGGUAUGCUACGAGUAUCGCGCACAGGAAGGCUGCAAUGGCUCCGAAAAUGUUUGCCUUUGAUGGGGUGUACUCUCCCGAUGACAGCCUGACUGAGGUAUGCUCUGGAAGUCUGGCAGAGAUCAUCCAGGGCGUGGUCUCAGGUGCAGAUGGCUGUGUCUUCACCUACGGAUACUCCAAACUAGGCAAAACUUACACAAUGGUAGGAGAAGACAGCUCUACCUCAACACUCGGCCUUAUUCCGACAGCAAUUGCGUGGCUGUUUAAGAUUAUUAAUGACCAGAAGGAUCAGACGGGGGCACGUUUCUCGGUCCGUGUGUCGGCUGUUGAGGUGUCCGGGAAACAGGAAGUGCUCAAAGAUUUACUGGCCGAGGUUGCCCAAGGCACAGAAUCUGGUGUGGGGACUGCGCCUGGUGUCUACCUCCGGGAAGACCCGAUAUCUGGUACCCAGCUAGAGAACCAGUCUGAGCUGCGGGCACCGACCGCCGAGAAGGCUGCAUUCUACCUUGAUGCUGCACUCAACGCUAGAACAAAAUCAGAGGAAGAGAGUCGGUCAUCCCACCUGUUAUUUACGCUGCACGUGUACCAGUAUCGGAUAGAGAAAGAAAACAAGGCUGGAUUACCCGGAGUUGCGGGAGGUAGAAGCAGGCUACAUCUGAUUGAUCUUGGCAGCGCAUCAAAGUCCAAGGACCCAAAUAAUGUUGCCCUGAGCCUCUCAGCCCUCGGAAAUGUCAUCAUGGCGCUUGUGAAUGGACAGAGACAUGUGCCUCAUAGGGACAGCAAGGUCGCACAGUUACUCCGAGACUCGCUAGGAAACAUCACAUGCCGCACAUGUAUGAUCGCGCACGUGUCACAGGAAGUGCCCCAUUAUAACGAGUCACUUCAAGUCGUCCAGCUGGCCGCUCGUAUACACAGAAUGAGGCGUAGGAAGAUACGAGGGCAAUUUUCUGGAACAAGCUCGGAUGAUAGCUCCACCGAUGGAAGCAGUAUUCGAAGUGGGCAUAGGCCGUAUCGGGGUUUUCGUAUGGGAACUCUUCAUGAAGGGUCAUCACUGUCUGAUCCGGAUUACACAUCCAGUAGCGAGUCAUGUAACACAGUAAUCUACCUUGGAAACAACCCGCAUCAGACGCUCAGCGAUCGAGAGUUGACAGACAAUGAAUCAGUUCGAUCAGUGCCUCGUACAAACCCUCGUCUGCCGCGGAGAGCUAGUGGUUCACGCUCAUCAGGAGACGAGGGUUCAAACUCUGAUAGUGGGCGGAGUUUAUAUCGCUCUCGUGAAAGUUUGACUCGGGUGCGUACAGCAAUUACCUCUCCAGUGAGGGACGUCAGUGUGACUAGUUCAGGGUCACGUCAUACAACCCCAGUGCGAUCUUUAUCACGAGGUUCAACUCCAGUGCAGGACACUUUAAGUUCAGACAUUAAUUCUCAAUCAUCGUGCUCGCCACCAAGUGUCGUUUCGUUUAGCCUACCUCAGAAAAGUGGUGCAAGGACUAAAACAACACCAGCAAAAGAGGCUUCAAACCCAUAUGCUAGUGUGAACAUUGUAGACAAGGCCCAGUCAAGGACUGGUGCACGACCUAAAAGAUCAAGUAGCUCACCGGGUAAAGAAGGUGAGCAAUGGAUAGAUGGCCCUGGGGCGGCAAUUUAUCCAGAGAAAAAAAUGAAUAAAGGCGAACAAUGGAUCGAUGGGCCGCCUGCUUUCCUACACAAGCAGGAACAGAAAGCGAAUAAAUCGGGUACAAAAAUGAGUUCGGAGGAAAUGUGGGUGGAUGGACCUCCAGAAAUGUUGGCAGAAAACCAAACUGAUGAAAAUCAAAAUCGUACGCCGAAAGUUGUGAUGCACACAAGUAGUAAAAAGGCACAUGUGAGAUCUCUGUCUUCUUCCCCUAAGCACCAGUCACCAAUGAAUUCUCCAGCCUUACAACACAAGGUUGAACCUGGGUCACCUAGGUCAGCCUGGCCUCUUCCUGAUAUAAAGGAAAGACCAGAGAGCCAAAUUAGUGUUGAAAGUACAUUAUCAAACUUGGCCCAGCCUGCUGAUUCAAGGCCUAACAGCAUGGUUACUAAUGUGGGGGAUGUUGAUGAUGUUGCAAAAGCAGAACAUGUGAAACCAUUUGUGAAAGACUGGAUUGAAAGACAUGGUUUGCCUGAAAUGGAAAAUCAAGGUGACCAAAGUAAUACACUGCCUAGCACGAUUGAAUCAACCAGUGGAACUUACAGAAAAGCUAAGCCCAAUGAUUCCCGUACCAAAAAGCUCUUGGUGCCCUCUUCUUCAACGCCGAAACAAUCCCCUCACCAUUCACCCAGACAGUCCCCUUGUACUCAGAGAAAAACUAAAUCUUCCACUCCCAAAAUUACCAAGCCAAGCUUUCCUGCGCCUAAUAUAACAAGUAAGAGAGUCACUGAUUGGCUGAAAUCUGUGGAAAUGGACCAAUCAGAGGAGACUUUGUAUAUGGAAGGAAUUGUAGGUCAAUCUUUAGCAGAAAAGAGUGUGAAAUCAGACCACCCUGGAUUGAAUAGUUCGCAAGACAUUUCUAUGUGUAGUUCAGUAUAUCCUGACACAACACUAAGUGACUCGCGUGCGCAGGAAUGUGUCGAUGUUGAUAUAUCUCAGAGCAGAUCAGGAGAUUAUAGUAAUGAAUGUGUGGUCGCUGAUAUGAGUUUUGAUAGUAGUGCUGACACUGCCACAUCGGGGCAAAAUAGAGACUCUAUUUAUGAGAUGCAAAUGGAUGAACAGUUGGAAAAUGGACUUGAAAAUAUGUCAAGAAAAGGUGAUGAUGAUGAUGAUUCUUUCAGUAAUGCUUCUUGUGCCAAAGAUUCUGAAAUGGACACUAAUGAGCCUUUUGCCGAGUGCCUAAAUUCUGAAAUGAAGAAAUCAGAGACAAUUCAGAGUAUUAAAACUCUUGUUGGUGAUACAGUGGAAAGUGUUGGCGUUGAAAAUGAUGAUGCUUAUAGCCUUAAAGUGUGCAAUAAUAACUUGGAAAGUGAAAUGGACCCUAUAACUCAGCUAUUAUCUAGAAAACCUGACGGGGCUUCCAAUCCAAACUUGAUGAGCGAAACUUACAUUGAAAAAACAAACAUAAGUGCUUUACGGGAAGAGUUUUUGAUUGUAAAUGCUAUAUCUAGUCAAUCCCCUGAUAUGGCUAAGAGAUCUCAUUUCCUUAGCAGUAAGACGAGUUCUUAUCGACAGGGGGAGGGGGAUGGCAGAAUGGACCAGUUUCAAGAACAGUGUGACGUUAUUUCGUCCCUCCCUCAGAAACCCUGUUCUAAGUGUGGUUAUUCGCAACAAAAUUCGAAGCCAAUUGCCAAAAUGUGCAAAGACUGCCAAAAAAUGGUUGCAGCUUCAAUAAAAACUUCUCAUAAUGGUGCAACUAAAAAAGACAAGGAUAAGUCUAAAUACAGUGCACAUAAUUCAUCAUCGUCCAAUCCUCCGACUCCAAGUUUGACGAAAAGCUCGAAGUCAAAAUCACAGUCACCAAGUCAUAGCAAAUUACCAGUGUUUUCAAAAAACUUGCAAGUGUCCUCAAAAGAUUCAAAAUCAAGUCGUAAAAAGGAAAAAGAAAGCAAAAAGUUGAGCUUUCUCUCCCGCAUGCCAAGCAAGAGUCACGACUCUGACAGUGGGAACGAUAGCGGAAUCGUUGCUGUUGAUAAAACGUUACUUUCACCCUAUGCAACGGUAACGAAACCACGUACCGUGAGUCACUCGAGUAGCGGCCACGGGAGUGAUAACAGCAGUACGAUGAGCACCGACUUGAUUUCAAAGCAGGGUAGCAGCUGUCAGUCUGACAAAGUACAUGGAGGUACAAGUAGUGGGUAUGAGUCUAUGCUCCGAGAUAGCGAAGGCUCGGGCUCGACCACGAUCAACGAAGACAGCGCUGAAGAAUCUUCUGGGGACAAGAAAAAAGCAACAAAAAAGAAAAAGCUACCUAAUUCAUGUCGCAGUAGGUCUGCACCUGGUCGGUCUUCCGAGAGCCCAGAAUCCUCCAGCAGGAAGUCAAGCCCGUCGAGUAAAAACUCCAGUUUGAGCCCGACAUCACGAGCUUGGCAGGAAAAACAUGGGAAAUCUCAGGAAGAUGGCCCCGUUGAAAUCAAAGACUAUGACGCAGAUGACGUAAAACGUAUGACAAGAUACAGGAUGGAGGAAGAGACAUUGAGAAAGAACAAGGACAAAAUGAAGGAACUAAUGAAUACCAAUGGCAAACAGCAGGAAAUUCCUCCUAAAGGGAAAGACACGUAUAUAGUGGAUCGUAAUAACUGGAGCUUUGAUUGUAAGUUUCUAAUGUGCUUCUCGUGUCGAUCCCGGAAGACGGACGUUUGAACAACUUGCAAAAACCUCGCUCACAUAUUUUUUCUUACUGCUGACGCUUUUAAGUGUGUUUAGUUCAACCUCAGAAACUUUAUUUUUGUGAUCUUGUAAUCUUGUACUGCAGAAUUUCAAUGUCACUUUUUGUUGUAAUUUAUUUUUCACGUAAUCUGUUUGAUUUUUAGUCGAGGAUUUUUUCGUUGUUUUUUGUUAUGAAUGAUUUGUUAAGACUGUCUGAAUAAUUAUCUUCUUAUGUUUUUUCUGCAAUAUUAUUGUAGGUUUUAUUCCUCAUACCUGGGUGUAAACUUUAUUUAGAUAUUUUCUCAGGCAUGAACACUUUCAUGGAACACUUUCAUGGACCAAUCACAUCUAUAUCUCUCAUUUUCUAUACUACAUUUUAUACUGCUGCUUGUACUAGGGUAUUUCUUGGAAAACAAUAUUUUUCUUACUUCAAUAUUUUAUUUACGAAUGAACUCUACUUAUCAUUUUUGUAUUCUCUUCAAUGCUAAAUUGUGACUUACAAUUUUCAGUACUCUCAUUUUGAAAACAUUUUCCAAUUUUUUAUAUUGAUUUAUUUGGGAAUAAGCAUUUUGUUUUAUAUAAAUAUUUUUGUAAUUUAUGGAAUUAUAUCUCUUCUUUUUAUCACAACAAUACAGCUCUGGUAGACGAAUGCAGUUUUGUCUGAAAACAUCUUUUUGUGGAUAACUAUAUAUCCACAUUUUCACUUUUUUAUAUUAACCAUUUAGUUCAUGUUGACAUGCGGAAAUGUGCAAUCACUAGUUAUCAUUUAUUGUGAUUUUAUAGUUUUAUAUAUUUGUAACCCAUUUUGAUAGUGUGUUCUUGUAACAUAUACAUGUAAUAAUCGUAACCACUCUCUAAAUAGUUACUGUUAUUUGUAAUUAACAUAAUUCUUUGUAUUAAAAUGUAUGAUACUGCAGUAUUCUAGAUAACAACAACUUAACUUUUAUAAUACCUCAGCUUUGACUAUUAUGUAGAUUGAAUGUUAAUGCAACGAUUUCAUAUACUUCACUUGUCGACAAAAAGCUUGUUUGUAUUCUAUGCAUUCUUGAAAUAAUACUGCUGAAAUAACUGCAUUCAUAGGAAUGAAUAACAUUCACAUGUAUGAACUAUUAGAUAUGUAAUUUAUUAAAUUUUCAGCUUCUGAAGAGGAUGCUUCAGAAGGCUUGCGUAUAGCCUCGUUUGGAUACCACAGGGUCUAAAGCACCGUCAUUUGAUAACAUUUGUAUUUCAUCUGUUCAUAUUGUUUAAAUAUUAUCAUUGUAUGAAAAAACUAUGUACAAUAUGAAUUGAAUAAGUUUGAUAUAUGUUUCAGAACUUUGUCUUAAGAGUCUUUUAAAAGUGCUACUGAUAAUUUUGCAUCAUUCUACAAACUGUUUUGAACAGAAGACACAUUUAUUGUAACUUCACUGACUGACAACAAUUAACAUAGUGUGAAAAUGAAUAAAGAGUGUGUUUGGCGUUUACCGACUGACUUGCACAAAUAAAGGCGACCUGGAUAUCCCGUUGUGGUAUUUAAUUUGAUUUUGUUAUGGAAUUAAAAGAAAAAACAACUACCUGCCCACAUCAAAAAAUGUGUGUAGGGAGACGCCAAACCAACUAUUUAUUAUUGUGGCCACAUUGGUACAUUUAUACCCGUAAUACAGUAAAGAUGGCCUAUACUAUUGAUGUACAUAUUGUUAUGAAAUGUCACAGUUUAAGUAUAAAUGUGUAGAUAUUGUAAACAGGUUAUGAUUUUUAUAUUUAAGUAUGUACAGUUACCUUAAUUAAUAUCUUCAUACUACUGUAGCCUUGUGUGACAGAAUAUAUUAAUUGUUUCUAUGCCUCUUCGGCACUUUUUGUAUGACUAACAUUUGCA